GGCCGAAAGGGGGAAUUGACGCAAUCGGUUCAUUAAUGAAAACUUUGGCCAAAGUGUGCGGCCGUGCUCGGAAGAAAGAAAGGAAGACGGGGACAGCCAUUCCUCCGUCAACCUCAGCCGCGAUCUUCGAGAAAGUUCGCACUGACCGCAACACAGCAACGGAAAAGAUGACGUCAAGUGCCCAUUACUGUUCUCCCUCUCCAGUCCUUUCAGACCAGAUUCACACGACAAAAGCCGUCUGCGCACGUCGCAGACGCCACUAGCUGACAAAAUAUGAAAGCGCAGAGAAUACUGUUAACAAUAAAGGCGCGUGUUUAUUCGCAGCAUCGCUAAAAUGAAAGUUAAAUCGUUUGACACAUACCCAUCUACAGUAUAUCCAGCAGACGGAGACCUUAUAAGCUCGGUGGGGCUCAGGCGGUCACAUGACUGUCCCCGGCCAAUGGGAACGACGCUUGCAUGUUUUGCUAGGCUUUUCUCGGAGAGGACGGGCGACGAACGGCUGGGAUGUUUUCAAAACCAGCGAUGAACGUCACACAGCCGUAGGCUACGGUUAACGUCCAAUAUUUAGGAAAUAACUGUUUAUAUAGCGCAAUAUUCACAUAUAGCAAAACCCGAAUGAGUCGAUUGGAACGUGUAACCUCGAUUAAAGGUGCAUGAUGACCCUACUGUGCUGUAGCUGUCACAGCUAGUCAGGUGCCGCACCAUGGCCAAACCUGGGAGCGACAGAGAUGGAGCCAUGGUGGAUAAGCAGGCAGGGAAGAAGAGCAAAGACAAGUUGUCCCCUUUCACUAAAACUCCGAAGCUGGAUCGGAGUGAAUUGCUGGGGAAGGAAGGGAAAACCAAGUCUUCCAUGAAGCGCAAGCUCUCCUUCACCACCAGCCCGCCCCGGACAGAGGAGCGAGACUCGGACACCGAUGACUCAGACCCAGGCCAGUCGAGUGAGACCUGGGGAGAGAGAUUAGUGCCUCCCUGCAGGAUAUACGCAGAUAAAGAUGGACCAGACAAGAAGAAGGUGAAAAAGGAGGCUGGGGGCAAGAAGUCCCAAGCUCCCAACCUUUUGUUUGGGUAUCCUCUGUCGGAGCGCAAACAGAUGGCUCUCCUAAUGCAGAUGACUGCCAACAGUCCAGACUCUACACCCAGUCACCCCUCUCAAACGACCCCUGUGCAGAAGAAAGUCCCCAGCAGCGCCGCAUCCCGACAGAAGGACAAGGUCAACAAGAGGAACGAGCGAGGGGAGACGCCCCUUCACAUGGCAGCCAUCCGGGGAGAUGCCAAGCAGGUUAAGGAGCUCAUUAGCCUGGGAGCUGAUGUCAAUGUCAAAGACUUUGCAGGUUGGACUCCUCUCCAUGAAGCCUGUAAUCUUGGUUACUACGAUGUGGCCAAGGUCUUAAUAGCAGCAGGUGCAGAGGUGAACACGCAGGGUCUGGAUGACGACACGCCACUCCACGAUGCCUCUAGCAGUGGGCAUAAAGACAUUGUGAAACUGCUUCUGCGUCACGGUGGAAACGCCUUCCAGGCCAACAAGCGUGGGGAGCGCCCAGUGGACGUGGCAGACUCCCAGGAGCUGGAGCAGCUAUUAAAGGGAGAGGUGCCAUUGUCGGACCAAGACGACAGCUCUUCAGAGUCUGAAGACCCACCGUCUGUUAAUCCAUCCAGCGUGGAUGACAACAUGGAAGACUCUGAUACUGAAAAGGACUCAGAUGGCAAACCGGCCACGAAAGCAUCAUCGUCCGUACCAGGGCUGGAUGAGUACGAGUUCAAGGAUGAGGAAGAGGAGGAGGAUCUCAGUAAAGCUCUCAACGACAGACACAUCCUCCGGAGAGAACUACGGCAGCGGGAAAAGGAGGACAAAGAUAGGAAUCAUGUUGCAGGAAAGCAGAGUGGUAAGGGGGACUCCUCCUCAAAGUCAAAGAAGCAGAAGACUUCUCGUGUCCACUGCAGUUCGGAUACCUCCAGCGAUGAAAUGGAGAGCCUUUCAGAGAAAAGGAACUCACCCACCUGCUCUCAGAGCUCAGAGAGUCUCAAGGUGGACACUAGGUCUAAAAAGGACAAUGCUGAGCAAAAGGACAAAGGUAAAGUUAAGAGGAAGAGUAAGAGCCAGAAUAAAAACAAAGAGAACCAAGAGGAUGGGAAAGAGAACAGCAAAACUUUGGUCUUGUCUCUCGCAACUGUGUCCGAGAGCACAGAAAAGGGUCGGGAGGAAGACUCCUUCAAGAUGUCUUUCAGUCCUAAAGAUGACUCAUCCGUCCACCUCUUCCAUUUGUCAUCCAUCAAAUCUCCUAAACUGAACCACAGCCUGACGGAUAAACAAACACCACUCAAACAAGAAAAUACUAAGAUGUGCGUUUCUAUCAGUGACGGCUCAUGUCCAGUGGACACAGUCAAAUACAACCACUACACAGACGCAGACUACUGCACUGAAGGUUCCAGCACCAAGGGGUGUAAGCACAAGGAAAAGAGCAAACAUCAACAGAAGGACUCUAGUGUAGACGGGGAUGACGGUCAUUCGAGCCCUUACAAAGAUGGCAGCAUAGGAAACAGUAUAGACAGCACUGAAGGUGCCUUACGGAAGACUGACUUAGACGGCAAAGUAGUGAAGAAGCAUAAACUUAAACACAAGGAGAAAGACAAACACAGGAGGGAAUAUGAGGCAGAGCGGAGCCGCCACAGGCAGAAAGAGGCGAGGAAAGACAGCCACAGGAAUUUGGAGUUUGACAGAGAGUUCUGGAAAGAAAAUUUUUUCAAAAGUGAUGAGACAGAUGAACCUCUGCCAGUGAAAAAGGAAGGUGAGGACACCAGCUCGCUUCAGAAGACCUCCGAUUCCUCUCCUGUCAAAGAUGAGAGAAACACAAAGGAGAAGCACUCCAGUAGUAAAGACAAGAGGCAAAGAGAGGAGCGAGAAAAAGACAAGGCCGUGAAAAAAGAGCGGAAGGAUGCUGCUGGUAAAGAGGAUAAGGUAAAGGAUUCGAAGCUGAGUGAGCGUGACGAGAGGGUGGACUGCCACGGCUCAGGGCGGAUUCCUGAUGAGUCGCUGCAGAGCAACAGCACGAAAGAAGAGACAGAAGAGAAACCCAUAAGUGGGAUCACAGCUGAUCAAGAACAGCUGGAGCCCUCUGAAAAAGGCUCACGCGAAAAAACUGACAAGAGGCUCCCAGGAAAGGAGAAGGAUUCUGAAAAAAUGGAAAAAAGGCAUCCUGACAAGGAAAAAAAGCACUCUGACAAAGCUGAACCACAGAAUUCAGUGGAUCGUUGGAAGGAAAAAGAGAGAACAUUAGCCAUUCCUUCCCACUCGCCUGGAGAUAAAAACUACAAAGAGAAUGAAAAACUGAAAUCUUUAUCAACAACAAAAAAGCAUGAAGACAACAGGAAAAAUAAAGACAAGUUAGACAAGCGUUCUGAAAGGGAAAGGCAGGACAGAGAGUAUAGUGUCGGGGAUCACAGAGAAAAGGAUCGCACAAACUCCGAUAAGAAAGGUAAACCUCUGGAGAAGACCACAGAUCAUAGUAAAUCUGAUCGCUCCAAAGAAAAGGACUGUGACAGGAAGAAGAGAGAUAAAAUAAAAGAUGGAACGAUUUCCUCAAGCUCUAAUCUGAAAUUACUUUUAGAGGAGAAAAAGAGCUAUCUGUCUGAGAACAGCAAGUCCUUAUCUACAAAAUCAAAGGAGGAGGUCGUGAAAACACCAGAGAGGGACCGCGACCGGAGAGACCGGGACAGAGACUCAGAGAGACACAAGGACAAGGAUAAAGACCGGCACAAAGAUCGCUCCCAGCAGGCCAAGAUCAGCAAAGUCAAACCCAACGAGAUGGAUGCAGACAAGGCCAAAUCAAAAGCCUCGCCAGCAACACGAGACACCAAGCCCAAAGAAAAGAGGCUUGUGAACGACGACUUGAUGCAGACCAGCUUUGAGCGCAUGCUCAGCCUGAAGGACCAGGAGAUUGAGCAGUGGCACCGGAAACAUCUGGAGAAAAUCAAACAGAAAGAGCGGGAAAGGCUUAAACAGCGACCUCUGACAGACCCAGGGAAGCCCAAGCCCAAAGACAGAACAAAGACUGAACCAUGUUUGAGUAAGGAGCUAACGCGCUCAAAAAGCUCUGAAGCCUCUGAUGUCCACAGCAGAGAGAAACCCCUGAAGGACGGCACCAGCCCCAGAACAAUGUCGCUUGAUGGAAAGAGUCUGCCCUCUAUCAGCGCAAAGGUCAUGUCUGCUGUGGAAAACUGUUUGACAAGAUCACCCAGACCAGAGAGUGAACGCUGUGGCCUCAUGUCCAGGUCCGUGUCCUUAGUCUCCGUCGCUAGCUCAGAGGAUUCAUGUCAGGCUACAACAUUAACACCCAGACACGUCGAAUACGACUCUGACAUGAAUCUGGAAGCCUCAGACUCUCAACCUGCAUUCCUCCAGUCUUCCCUCGUCAUUCAGGCCACCAGAUCGCCAUCUGUUCAUGAUAAAGAUUGUAACAGUCUUCCAGAUGUGCCGCAAAGUAAUCGGACGCUGCUGUCCGGCAGACACGAAUCUCCAUACCUCAGGGCUAUUCUGGACGAGGACGCCAACUCGUCGACUGAGGGGAAAGCUGUUGAAAGUCUACCCAAAUCCAGCCUGCCCGCUGAGGAGCUGAGAACAAGGGAAGCCUCAGCAGAAACAGAAGAGAGCCUCAGUGGUCAACAGUAUAUGAAUUCAGUGGCUGAUUCAUUCACAGAGAGAGAAGGGAGCACUCCUCGUUGCUUGACACCACACACGUCAAACAAAGAUCCUCCGAAUAAAAACCUGAUUCCACAGUCCAGCGUCUCACAAUGUAGUGACUCUCCAACCGGAUCGACAGAGCAGAAAGCUCCUCCCUCCUCUGAAUCUCCUGUUGUGAAGGACGUCCAGUGUCUGACGGAAAAUUCCCAGGCAGAAUGUAGUAACAAGGAUUCUGAUCAACCUUCAGUCCCUACAGCUUCUGUAUCGGCUGAACCAUCAGUGCUCACAAACACGAAAACCUUCCAGCAGAGAGAACCACUCCCACCCUCUGGUGUGGAGACAGAGAUGGGUACCACACAGGUUUCUGACCACAAAGAGAAAUCUCUUGAGAACACUGAUAGACCAGAACCAGAGAGCAUGGAAAUUGUUCCCGAAAGCUUCAGAACAGAAGGGAUGGGAAGUCCUGUACCGUCCACCAGCUCACACAUUCUCAGCUCCACUGCAGGGGAAUCUUUACCAGGUUCUGGCAAAACGAACACUGAGUCCAAAUGUUCUCAAGAGGAUAUGGAUGUAAAUAACCACGACAGCAAGAAAUCAAAACCUUCUAGUGACACUGCAGGCCCAUGUCUCGAUAUUCAGAUGGAGAAAAAAGACAGCAUGCCCUGUGCGAGCCCUGAAAGCAAGGCUGAAGGGACGACUGACGUCCCGCAGAGCUCAGAAAACAGCAGCGGUGUUGCUGUUUCUGUUACAACGGAAGGUUCGUCAGUCGAGGGCAGUGUGGCUACUGAGGGCCCGUCUGAAUUAAAAGCAGAGUUCUCCUCAGAGCCGAUGGAGGUGACACCUGCUGACGAAAAACCCGAGUCAUCUUCAGCUGGAGAAGAGCCAAGUCAAAGCACCGUCCAGCCAGCAGCUCAGACCGACGUCAGCAGCAACACCUCAGGGAGCUCCUCUCCACAGUCUGCAGACCGGGAAUCUGAUUCUUCAGGGGCUAAGAUGAAGGUUCGCUCUGCUGACGAGGAGGUGGACGUCCAUGUUCCCCAUCCACGCAAGAGAAAGAUGCCUAAAGUGUCGAACUCCCAACCUUGCUCUACGAAUCAACAGGAGAAGGAGAAGGGACAGCAGUCUCUGGCUGCGAUUGUGGACUCUGUAAAACUGGAGGAGAUUCAACCCUACCAGACAGAGAGGGCCAACCCUUAUUACGAGUUCCUGCACAUCAGAAAGAAGAUCGAGGAGAAGCGCAAAGUGUUGUGCAGCGUCACCCCCCAACCACCACAGUAUUAUGAUGAAUAUGUGACCUUCAAUGGGUCCUACCUCUUAGAUGGGAACCCACUCAGCAAGCUCUGUAUACCAACGAUAACUCCACCUCCGUCAUUACCUGAGCAGCUGAAAGAGAUGUUCAAACAACAAGAGGUCGUCCGCAUGAAACUAAGACUACAGCACAGCAUCGAAAGGGAAAAGCUGAUUGUUUCAAACGAGCAGGAAGUCUUACGAGUCCAUUACCGGGCGGCAAGAACACUAGCCAAUCAGACUCUGCCUUUCAGUGCCUGUACAGUUUUACUGGAUGCUGAAGUGUACAACAUGCCUCAGGACGUCCAGAGCGAUGAUGGCAAAACCUCAGUAAGAGACCGAUUCAACGCCCGGCAGUUUAUGUCCUGGUUACAAGAUGUUGAUGACAAGUUUGAUAAACUGAAGACGUGUCUUCUAAUGAGGCAGCAGCACGAGGCGGCGGCGCUGAACGCCGUGCAGCGUCUAGAGUGGCAGCUCAAACUGCAAGAGCUGGACCCGGCCACCUACAAGUCCACCAGCAUCUUCGAGAUCCCCGAGUUCUACAUCCCGCUCGUGGAGGUCAACGACGACUUUGACCUCACCCCGAUAUGAGCUGCAGGACAGACGUGCUUUGCCACAGCGGCGGCCAUAUCAAGGGAGACGAGCGGCAGCCCGCACAUUCGAGGAAAAGGAAAGCAAAAUGUGAAGCACUUAGAACGUGGCGGCAAUAUAAAAGAGCACUUAGAAAAGAGACGAGUUUUCUCCAGAGCUCCUAAAGUCCAAACAGACACGCCCACCACAAGGACAGCGAGCGUGGACCGACCAGGAAAAAGGGGGUCCAGGCCACAUGUGAAGCCCAGGGGGCAGAGACCAAAAGCUGGGCCGGGAGCUGCAGCAAAAGGCAAAAGUGUGGACGACAACCACCUGUAACCGCUCCUCAUCAAUCUGGGUCACACAGAUGAAAGAUUUCAAUUGUUUUCAAAGUGAGUGUUCAUACAUUGUGUACAGACUGUGCUCUUAUUUUUUAACUUAUUUUAUACAUAAAUUGUGCAUUUGUAAAUAGCCAUGUAAUUAUUGUUUUAAACUUGUAAAAACAAAAAAUAAUAGAUAUUUUGAUUGUAAACUUGUUCUGUCUCAUGUUUUAAUGGACCAAAGUUGGUUUUUAUAUCGAGUGUCCUCUUUGUCUGUGACGUUCUUGUUGUCGUUGGCUUAAAAUCUUAAGCAUGUGUUGGCUUUUGUUGUGUUUUGUUUUUACUGUUCCUUCCUUCCUCAUCUGGAGUUCCACGCCACAGCUGGUGUUUUUUGACUUUGGCAAUUAAAUGCUGUGCAUGCGUUGCGUUGUUUGUACUUUUUUCCUAAAGAGCUGUACUGUGGACUGAAUUGUGAGGUUUACUGAAGUGUUCCAGCUUUUUUUUUUUCUUUUUUUUUUUUUUUUUUCCGCCAUUGUGUUAUGUCCUUUUUGCAGCCUCACUCCUCAUAUGUUGUCCAUUGUGUCUCGCGCACAUUAAAGUCUGUUGUGGCUUCCAAGGGAAAAAAAAAAAAAACACAUACUUUUACAGUUUCAAUGUGAGAUCACAACAAAUCCUAUUUUUUCAACAUAAUGCCUUUUGAACGAUAGUUCUAAAAAAUGUCUAUUUUAAUAUUUACUUGUUACAUGACUUGUACAUAUUUGUAAUAUA